UUUUUAUUAGAAACUUUAUGUGACUUUUCAUACAACAUUUCCUGUCGAAUGAGUCAAAGUGAUAAUGACAUAAAAUAGCGAGCAAUGAAGAACCCUAUCUGGUAAUUAAUGCAUUCCUGUUUCUUAUUUGACACCAGACGAAUAUAUGACCAUGUUUCCGUCCUUGACCCUGAUAUGUGCGGCCUUGACCUUUGGCUUAGUCCUCUCAGCCAGUCUUGAUUCUGAUUCCAACAGUCUUCUCGGCACCGACCAACUUCCGGACAACCCAGCGAACCACGAUGGACACACUACGUUCCCCGUGCGUAACCCCGGGGUCAGCGAUGCAGACAAAAAGGUCAUUGUUGACCUUCACAACAACUAUCGGAGAGUUGUCGGCCAAGACGCUGCUAAUAUGAUGAAAAUAAGUUGGGACGACGACAUGGCGAUGUCUGCACAGAGGCAUGCCGAAACCUGUGGCUUUCAUCAUGAUCCUCUCGCUAAUCGCUGGACUAACAGUUUACCCGGGGUUUACAUAGGACAAAACAUGUGUGCCGGAAACAAGGAUUGGCGCGAAUGUGUCGGAGCAUGGUACGCCGAGAAGGACAACUACCGGUAUGGAGAGGGCGCCAAAACAUUGUCGUGGAAAGAGAUCGGUCACUUUACGCAGCUGGCUACCUGGCAUGUUUCCCGUGUCGGAUGUGGAUACGCCGAGUGUGAAGGACGGAGAGACAGGACGUCAUUUGUCUGUAACUACGCUUACGGGCAGUUCUACGAUGACCUAAUUCGCCCUUUCGAGAACGGAACUUCUUGUGGCGCAUGCCCAAAUACAUGUGAUAAUGGGCUCUGUGAUUGUGGAGGGAGGAUUUGCAACAAUUUCGGGACUCUGGAUUUAAAAACAUGCACUUGCUCAUGCCUGAAGUUUUAUAGUGGCGACACGUGUCAGAAAAUUGAUUGCAGUCAGACUGAGCAUUUCUCGUGUGCUCGUCAUGCCAAGGACGAAUGCACUAACGGUGUCAACAUUGCAGCUCUGUGCCCUCAUCACUGCGGCCGUUGCUAAGCAGUUCUCACUUCCGGCCAGCCAUGAUCACUUCCGGUCACCAUCUUUGGGCAUUAUUGGCGAAGUAUCGCUAUAUUAAUGAUUCGUUAGUGAAACAAAGCACCAAUCUAACUUUGAUGUAGUAGAACUUCGGAGUCCAGAACAUAUUUCAAACAUAUUCCAGAUUUUUUGUGGAUAAACGAAACAAUGGCAAAACUAAAGAUAAAUAGGUUGCUUAAUUAAUCGUCAAAAAAGAAUUUAUAUUUCGUUUUAUCGCUCUCUAAAUAACGAAGUUCCACCUAUUCAAAUUAUUGUUUAUUUUAAGAUACGUAUACGGGCAUUAUCAAAAUAGUAUUAAAAAAAUGAUAUUUAAAUCAAUGUGUUUUAAUGAUAGCUGUAUAUACUAUUGAUUUCUGUAAUACAUUUUCAAUUAUUUUAAUUGUGUUUCUAUAUAAUGAAUAAACAUAUUGCAAUUU